AUGUCAACAGAAGGCAGUGGAGAGACACCUUCUACUGUGCCAUGUUUACCCGGGGCUCCGGAGCAGACUUAUCUGUUUCCAAAACCGAAAGGUCACUCGAGGUCUGUAAGUCAUGGAGGCACUCCAAUGCUCGCGGGGAAUCCCACCGCUCCGAGACCAUCACUCAAAUCAGCGAUGCGUGGCCACCAGCGCGCUCUGUCACACGGACAGAUCGGCGAGGGCGGGCGGCCCACCAGCGGUCCCGGCCACAGCCGCGCCGGCAGCCGCACAGACUUCAUCCUGCCGCCCGGACACCGGGACCCGCCGCCACCCACCACACAGCCACGCAUUGGCUCCGUGCGGAUGCACUCCCGGCAGGCGUCGCGGUCCGACUCCAUCUACACCAUCCGACGCACGUCCGUCGUCAGCCCCUGGAGGCGGGCAGCCUUCUGGUUGCUGCGGCGCCAGCAGCCCGCUGUUGAUACUCGGCACCUCAUUGUCACUCCCAACCACCUGGUGCCAGACAAAACUCCUCUCAAGGAACAUCCUAACGGAAAAAGAUGCGACAAUAAAGUUAGGACUACAAAAUAUACCUUAUUAUCAUUUUUACCCAAGAAUUUAUUUGAACAAUUCCAUAGAAUUGCAAAUGUGUACUUUAUAUUCAUAGUGUUGUUGAACUGGGUGCCUGCAAUCAGUGCGUUCGGUAAAGAAGUGGCCAUGCUGCCCGUGUUGUUUGUACUUGGUGUGACUGCUAUCAAAGACUUAUUUGAAGACAGAAGGAGACAUAAUUCUGAUAAAAGAAUAAACAACUCAUUCUGCAGAGUCUUCAAAAAAUCAGCGGAGCGAUAUGUUAGAGUGAAAUGGCGAGAUGUACGCGUUGGGGAUCUAGUCCACCUGUCGAACAAUGAGCCGGUGCCCGCAGACAUGGUGCUGCUACACUCUUCCAACCCUCUCGGGAUAUGCUACCUCGACACCUGCAACCUCGACGGGGAGACCAAUCUCAAACAGAGGCUGGUCGUCCCCGGCUUCAAGGAAAAGCAUUCAGAGUUCAGCCCGAUAAAGUUCAGAAGUUCUGUGGAGGUAGAGAGGCCAUCUACAAAAAUAUACAGAUUCACAGGCUGUAUCUCACACCCAAACGGAGCGCGAGUGCCGCUCACCUCGGAGAACCUACUUCUGCGAGACUGUACCAUCAAGAACACGGACUAUGUCGAGGGCAUCGUGGUGUACGCGGGCCACGAGACUAAAGCGAUGCUCAACAAUGGAGGACCAAGAUAUAAAUGUUCAAGUUUAGAGAAAAAAAUGAACACAGAUGUGAUAUGGUGUGUCUUAGUGUUAUUAUUUCUUUGUUGCGCCGGCGCAGUCGGUUGCAAGAUGUGGUUGGACCAAUAUUACGUUACCAUGUACAAGUAUACCCCGUUUAUAACGAAUGUGAACAAACCUGCCUUCGAGGGGCUGCUCAUAUUCUGGACUUACAUCAUAACGAUGCAGGUGAUGAUCCCUGUCUCGCUGUACGUCACGAUAGAGAUGACGAAGUUGCUGCAGGUGUACCACAUACACAACGACAUUCAGAUGUACGAUCCGGACACGAACACGCGGACGGAGUGUCGAGCGCUGAACAUAACGGAGGAGUUGGGGCAGGUCGCGUACUUGUUCAGUGACAAAACGGGCACGCUCACUGAGAACAAGAUGUUGUUUCGGCGGUGUGCGGUCAACGGAGUGGACUACGACCACCCGCCCGGCCCGCCCGCAGAGCCCGCGCCUGAGUUGCCGCCCAUCGUCACCCCCAUCACAAAAAUCUCUCCGAACAGACGGAUGCUACAACACCUAGGCGACAACAAUGACGCUCAACACACGCAGAAGGUCCGCGAGUUCCUGUUAAUCCUGGCUGUAUGCAACACAGUGGUGGUCAGCCAGCCACACAUUGACACGAUGCAGAUGAGCGCGUCCAACUCUGGAGAACAGAUCUCCACGGGGAAAGCUUCCCGAUCGAAUGGAACAUUGCGAUCUAACGACAAAUACGCUCGACUAACGGAGUCCAGAUCGACGACUCCGUCACCGCCGCCGUCCACGGGCUCCCCCCUCAGGCUGCGGCUGCCGAAGCUCAUGCUGGGCAGCAAGGAGGACACCAGCACUCCCAGCACUUCCAUCGAUCACUCCGCCUCAAUCCGCUACGAAGCCGAGAGUCCAGAUGAGCUGGCGUUGGCUGAAGCAGCUCUUGCCUACGGGUAUGAGUUGCGGUCCAGGUCACCUGAUGAGGUAGAGCUCGGCAUCCGAGGGGAGCUCACCAAGAUGAAGGUGCUUAGGGUGCAGCAGUUCGAUGCCACCAGGAAAUGCAUGUCAGUCGCCAUGAGGACCCCUAAUGGACAGGUAGUGAUAUACGUGAAAGGGGCGGACACAACGGUCCUAGGCGCCUUAGCUCCGAUGCGCGCCGGCUCAGCCGAGCUAGCCGCUUACGAUAGAACCCGAGCGCUUCUUUCAGAGUACUCUCGCGCGGGUCUACGUACGCUGGUCAUGGCUAAACGAACGAUGCAACCUGCUUUGUGGGAAGAAUGGUUAGCUGGACAUAAUCGUGCAAUGGAAAUUGGAGAAGGUCGAGAAAAACGUAUGCGGGAAUCUCUAGCUCGGUUAGAAAGCGCGCUAACGUUGGUCGGAGCUACAGGCGUGGAGGACAGACUCCAGCAGGACGUGCCGCGCACCGUGCGCGCUCUACUGGACGCGGGCAUCGUGGUCUGGGUACUGACGGGAGACAAACCAGAGACUGCCAUCAAUAUUGCAUACUCAGCUGCCUUGUUCUCCCAAGGAGAUCGGUUGCUGCAUCUCAUGUCUAGAGACAAGGAGCACGCGGAGUCGACGAUAAAGAACUACCUGGAGGGCAGCGGCGCGGGCGCGGAGCUGGGCACGCGCGCGCUGGUGGUGGACGGGCGCACGCUCACGUACAUCCUGGACCGCCGCUCCGGCCUCGUCGCGCCCUUCCUGUCGCUCGCGCGACGCUGCUCCGCCGUGCUCUGCUGCCGCGCCACGCCGCUGCAGAAGGCAUACAUCGUCAAGGCAGUGAAGGAGGAGCUAGCAGUGACGACGCUGGCGAUAGGUGACGGAGCCAACGAUGUCUCCAUGAUACAGACCGCAGAUGUCGGAGUCGGUAUAUCAGGACAGGAAGGCAUGCAAGCAGUGAUGGCGUCAGACUUCGCAGUGUCCCGGUUUCGGUUCAUAGAGAGACUACUACUGGUGCACGGACACUGGUGCUACGACCGCCUCGCUAGGAUGAUACUCUACUUCUUCCUUAAAAAUGCUACGUUUGUGUUCUUAGUAUUCUGGUUCCAGCUGUACUGCGGGUUCUCGUCGAUGGUGAUGAUAGACCAGGUCCAUCUCAUGACAUACAACCUCAUGUUCACCGCGCUACCACCCAUUGUUAUUGGCGCGUACGACCGCGUGGCGCCGGCGGGGCUGCUGACGGAGCGGCCGGGGCUGUACAGUGCGUCGCGGCGCGGCCUGGCCUACCGCACGCACUCCUUCUGGGCCGUGCUCGCUGAGAGCCUCUACAUCAGCAUCGUCUUGUUCUUCACCAACACCUUCGCCUACUGGGACACCACCGUGGACCUCUGGGCCUUCGGGGUCUGCUGCAUGACCUGCUGCCUCGUUGUUAUGUUGCUCUACGUCGCCAUCGAGACUAGGAGCUGGACGGUGAUCCACCUGAUGGCGCUGGCGGGGUCCCUGCUGUCGUUCUUCAUCCUGACGCUGGCGUACCAGUCUAUCGGCGUGAGCGUCCUGAACCUGCCGUCGACGUACCACGUGCUGCACAACGCCAUCACCAUGCCGGUGUACUGGCUCGUACUCAUCGUCACCACCGUCGCCGCACUCGCGCCCAGGAUGGCGUACCACGGCAUCCGCAACUCGGUGCAGCCGGGGUCGCUGGGCCGCGCCGUGGCCGCGCGCCGCCGCCACCGCUCCUACGCCGCGCACUACCGCUCCGCGCCGCCGCACGCCACGCUCUACAGGGCGAGAGACGAGGAUGGGCUGCAGAAGCCGCAAACGGAGGUGGCGGCCAUAACGUGA